GCUCGACUUGUAUUGCAAUCAGUCGUCGAUCUUUGUAGCGUUGCGGUUUGAUCCCAGCUUGUAGCUUUGUGCUGGUUUUGGUGCGUAGCGUGCUUUUGGACUUGCGGGAGAGGUUGGUGUUGAGAGAGUUGGGAGGUGCAAUGAGCUGUGGAGGGGGAGAUGAUGAUGGAUGCUGGCAGAUUGGGGCAGUGUGACAGCAAUGUGCCCAGUGGGGGUCCACACGGUGAUCGUAACUUAGAUAUCAGUUUUUUAGACAUUUGUACUGAAUUGGUGUUAAUCUUCCCUGUGAUGAUGUGUACUCGGGACGAUGGAGUUGCCAGGACGUAGCUAUGGAUUUAGCUCGGAUCAGGAGAAGGUGGGAAUUGUUUACUUUCGGCACCGGAAUUUCGCAAAAGCUUUAUAAGCGCGCACUAAUGUGUACCUCGAUUUGUGCUGGCAGUCGUACGUUUGACAAAAUCCUCCCUCGAUACCAUGGACCUCGUAACCUGGCCACCUCGCAUUUAAUGUCCUCCUCUGAUGGUUGUUUUCUUCGGCUUUAUCACAUUUUUUGGACCUUCAGUUUUCUGUGAAUUCCUAGAUGAAUCUCACAUCCCUACUUAGCGUGCACGAUCCCUGCUCAUUUGGAGCAGUUUUCAUCGAACCAAUUGUGGCCAAGUUACAUGCACAAUGUGCACAGAUCAGAACCAGUUGCUCCGUGGUGCAAUCAAUUUCGUGCAAGGAAGCUCUGAUGGGAAGCAGGGGGAUGAGUAGCGACUGGAACUGCGCAGCGAUAUGGAGGUGAGAACUCGGAGAGAUAUGUCCCAAAGAUGACAGAGACAACCCAGACAGGCGCACGUUCACCUUUCAGACCCUUGCCAUGCCACGCCUUGCUCGCAGUCUUUACAGCUUUCAUCUUGGUGGUGGUGGCUGUGAAUCCCGACGGGAAAGCGCUGCUCGCUUUCAAAGCUGGCUUGGACGACCCCACAGGGAUUUUGAAUUCCUGGAACGACGCCGAUCCGUAUCCAUGUUCAUGGGACGGGGUUACGUGCAACGAAAACCUCAGAGUACAACUCAUCUUGCUUCAGGAUACGCAAUUGUCGGGUCCAAUUGCUCCCGUGUUGCGCAAUCUCUCGGAGUUGCGUACCCUCGUCCUCUCGCGUAAUAACUUUUUCGGGCCGCUGCCCUCUGAAGUCGGCCAAAUUGGGAGCUUGUGGAAAUUGAAUGUGAGUGACAAUGCGUUGUCGGGCUCCCUCCCUUCAUCGCUCGGGAACUUGUCUCGCCUCCGCAUGUUGGAUCUCUCCAAAAACGCAUUUACGGGGGAGAUUCCACCCAAUCUUUUCAGGUACUGCGAGACCCUACGGUACGUCUCUCUCGCUGAAAAUGGAUUCACCGGGGUGAUUCCCGACACGCUCUGGAGCUGCACGACGCUGGUGGGCGUAAAUGUAGCCCUCAAUAGCCUGCAGGGCACCGUACCGCCUAAGCUGGGCGGCUUGGUACAUUUAGAGUUUCUGGAUGUGCACAGGAACAAGCUCUCAGGUGCCAUCCCCUUGCAACUGGCGCUUCUAUCAAAUGUCAUCUACUUGGAUUUCAGCAAUAACCAGCUCGCGGGUGGUAUUCCUCCGGCAAUUGCCGCCUUGAAGCUCCUGAAUUUCGUCGAUUUUAGCAACAAUCCCAUUGGAGGCUCUGUUCCUUCGGAGAUUGGCGGUCUCACAGCUUUGGAAAGAAUGGGCUUGUCGAACAUGAGUUUGCAAGGGAAUAUUCCCGCGAGCCUCGUCAAUCUCACUUCUCUGCAAAAUUUGGACAUGUCCACCAACAAUCUGACGGGGGCCAUUCCCCCCGAGCUAGGGCAGAUUGCAGCCAUGCAGGACUUGUUCUUGCAAAACAAUUCUUUGAACAGCACCAUUCCGGCGAGCCUCGUUAGUCUUCUAAAUUUGACGGGUUUUAACGUCUCCUACAAUCGCCUCUCGGGGAGAAUACCAACGACGAAUGCGUUUUCCCGGUUUGACAAUUCUUCCUAUCUUGGCAACUCAGGUUUGUGCGGGCCACCGCUGAGCUUGCGUUGCGAGCUGGAGUCAUCGCCGGAGCCGCGCGUGCACACUGACCGGCGGUUGCUGAGUGUGUCAGCACUGGUCGCAAUUGCAGCCGCUGGUUUCAUUGCGCUGGGGGUGGUGAUCAUUGCUUUAUUAAGCAUCUGGGCAAUGCGUAAGCAGAACCAGCAGCCGAAAACUGAAAUUCUUGUGUACGAAAGCACGCCUCCGUCGCCGGACGUGAACCCCAUCAUUGGCAAGCUCGUCCUCUUUAACAAUACGCUACCCACGCGGUUCGAGGAUUGGGAGACGGGAACAAAAGCGCUUCUGAAUAAGGAGUGCCUGAUCGGGCGAGGCUCCCUAGGGACCGUGUAUCGGGCCACCUUUGACGAUGGGUUGUCGAUCGCAAUAAAGAAGCUCGAAACCUUGGGCCGGAUAAAGAAUGCGGAGGAGUUUGAAUCUGAGAUGGACAAUCUCGGCGAUGUGCGGCACACGAACAUCGUCACCUUGCAAGGGUACUAUUGGUCGUCAUCAAUGCAGCUCAUGUUGUCGGAUCACAUUGCAAACAGGACUCUGGCCUCGCAUUUGCACCAGCAGCCGGGAGCUCAGACAUCCCUGGUGUGGUCGCGGAGGUUCAGAAUCGCCAUCGGCAUAGCGCGCGGGCUGUCGUGUCUGCACCAUGAUUUGCGGCCGCAAGUGUUGCACCUCAACUUAUCCUCCAUGAACAUCCUCCUCGAUCAGAGCUUCGAGCCUAAAAUUAGCGACUUUGGGCUGAUGAAACUGCUACCGAUUCUCGACACGUACGCCGCCAGUCGAAAGUCUCUCGAGACGCGCGUGUACUCAGCCCCGGAGCUUUUAGGCCCACAACCGAGUGUGACGCCAAAGUGCGAUGUGUACAGUUACGGCAUGGUGUUGCUGGAGUUGAUGACGGGCAGGCACCCUGAUUCGAAACCCGAUGGUGGACCGAAUGCAUUAGUGGAGCUUGUGAUUCGAACUUUGGAGAGUGGAAAUGGACCAAACUGUUUCGAUCCCAAGCUGACUAGCUUUCCGGAGAGCGAGGUCGUUCAAGUUCUGAAACUGGCUCUUGUGUGCACCUCUCAAGUGGCCUCAAAUCGACCAACAAUGGGGGAAGCAGUACAAGUAUUGGAAUCAAUAAAGCCCUCUGGAUCGUGGACGUCGAGAAGCCCAUCACCUUAGCCAAGAUUGAGCUCAAAAGAAUAGUAGUUCCUCGCACCCGAUUGCAUCUGAUACCACCAUAACUAGCUCGGCAGUGACAGGAAUUUAGUCUUCCGCUCUCGGGACUUGAACGCUUUCGAAGCUCGCAAAAUUUCUGCAGGAGGGGUCGAAGAAAAUGAUUUAAUAUUUUCAGUAAGAUAAUAAGUCUUCAACUCCUCUCAAAUUGGGAUCUUUACUUUCAAAAGCAGCAGCAGCCCCAUUCUGCUCCAAGGACUCGCAACGCUGGCAAUAAAGCUUCUACGCUGUUCGCACUUAAAAUUACUUGUAUGAAUGUUACGUCACGGUUUUUCACAAAGUACUGAAACAAAUCCUAAUGCACUGCUUGCGCUGCACGUUUCUGGUGUGUUCGUGCUCGUCUUAUUGGUAUCUGAAAAUAGCAAUCUUUAUAAGCGAUCGAAUUCUGAUGGUUGUUUUCCCAAAGCUGAUGGUGCUGAGAGGCAAGUGAAAAGUAAUGCAAACUCUGCAUGGCUUUUGGAACUGUUCAGAGUUCUUACUUUCAAAGUACA